UCUCUUGUAGAUGAAUCGGCCCAUCCAGGUGAAGCCUGCAGACAGUGAGAGCAGAGGAGAAGACCGGAAGCUCUUUGUGGGGAUGCUGGGGAAGCAGCAGACGGAUGAAGAUGUGAGGAAGAUGUUUGAGCCCUUCGGGACCAUAGAUGAGUGCACAGUCCUGAGGGGCCCCGACGGCACCAGCAAAGGGUGUGCGUUCGUGAAGUUCCAGACCCAUGCAGAGGCCCAGGCCGCCAUCAGCUCACUGCACGGGAGCCGGACACUGCCGGGCGCCUCCUCCAGCCUGGUGGUGAAGUUUGCGGACACGGAGAAGGAGCGAGGUCUGAGGAGGAUGCAGCAGGUGGCCAGUCAGCUGGGCGUGUUCAGCCCCAUGACUCUGCACUUCGGGGCCUACAGUGCCUACACACAGGCGCUGGUCCAGCAGCAGGCGCUGGUGGCCCAGACGGCGUACCUCAGCCCCAUGGCCACGGUGGCCGCGGUGCAGAUGCAGCAGAUGGCAGCGCUCAACGCCAACGGGCUGAUCGCCACGCCCAUCACCCCCACCUCAGGGACGAGCACGCCCCCCACCAUCGCUGCCACGCCCGUGCCGGCCCUGCCUGCACCAAUCGGGGUGAACGGCUACAGCCCAGUGCCGGCGCAGGCCAAUGGCCAGGCAGCGUCCGAGGCCAUCUACACCAAUGGGGUUCAUGCUUAUCAAGCUCAGAGCCCGGCAGCUGCUGUGGACCCUCUGCAGCAGGCCUACGCUGGCAUGCAGCAUUACACAGCGGCCUACCCAGCAGCAUACGGCUUGGUCGGCCAGCCGUUUCCACAGCAACACGCAAUCGUUGCCCAGCAACACCAGCAGCCCCAGCAGCAGCAACAAAGAGAAGGGCCGGAGGGCUGCAAUAUCUUUAUCUACCACCUGCCCCAGGAGUUCACCGACUCCGAGAUGCUCCAGAUGUUCCUGCCCUUUGGGAACGUUAUCUCAGCCAAGGUGUUCGUGGACAGAGCGACCAACCAGAGCAAGUGCUUCGGCUUUGUCAGCUUUGACAAUCCUGCCAGUGCCCAGACGGCGAUCCAGGCCAUGAACGGAUUCCAGAUCGGAAUGAAGAGACUGAAGGUCCAGCUGAAGAGACCGAAAGAUGCCAACCGGCCAUACUGAGAGAGGUGGACAGAGGUCAGUACUGAGAGACAGAGUGGACAGAGGUCAGUACUGAGAGAGAAGUGGACAGAGGUCAGUACGGAGAGAGAGAUGGACAGAGGUCAGUACUGAGAGUGAGAUGGACAGAGAUCAGUACUGAGAGCGAGAUGAACAGAGGUCAGUACUGAGGACAGAGAUGGACAGAGGUCAGUACUGAAAGCGAGAUGGACAGAGGUCAGUACUGAGGACAGAGGUCAGUACUGAGAUGCACAGAGGGGAGAGGAGGUCAGUAGUGAAAGAGGGGUGGACAGAGGUCAGUACUGAGAGAGAGAUGCACAGAAAGACCAGUGUAGAGGGAGGGGACAGUAUUAGAUUAGAUUAGAUUAGAUAAGACUUUAUUGAUCCCGAAGGGAAAUGAACAGACUAUGGAUGGAAAGAGGAGGGUGGAGGUGGAGUGAGGGAGAAUGUGUGCAUUUCUGACUACAGUGACAUGUCUAUAGUGACAUGGGGUGAUCUGGGGAUAAGUGUGACUCUCAAAAGGAGGAGGGGCCAAAAGACAAGGGGCAUGUCACUCAAUGCUAACAGGCAAGGCGAUUGGUCACCAAUAGAAGAUGGGGGUGUGGCAAAGUGGGAGGUGGGGCCUUUGUGAAAGAUUGACGUGCCUCCUUAGCCAAUAGAAUUUUACGUGUCCCAUAGGCAUGACUGAUCUUACAAACAAAUCACCCCAUGUCAUCAUGUGUAUUGAAGCCGUAUGAUAGAAGUACGAGACGAAAAACUACAAAAACCCCUUUUUCCCUUUUUUUCUCACUGUUAAACCACGCCCAGCCCAGACAGGGUCCAAUCAUAAAUCGAGACGACAGCGUCGCUAUGACGUUACCCUAGCCAGCCAUUAGCUGUCACGGGAGCCGUAGACCCGCCCCCCUUCCCCCCCUCAGGUGUAAGUUGGCUUGUGUGGUUGCCGUGGCGCUGCCUGGGUCGGCGUGGCGAUUGGCCGUUGCCCCGAGCGACCAGUCAUGCGGGCUGCAUGACGCGUUGCCGUGGAGCGCUGGAUGUGUUGGUGCAUCUUCCUCUGCUCGUCCAUCACUUUCUAUGGCUGUGAGCGUGAAAACGGGCCAGCUGUCACUGUGGAUUUCAAUGUGCCUUGAUCCGUCUCUUGGUUGGUUUAUCAGCACAAGCUCUUCUGUUUCCUUCUCCGUCGUACGGCACCUCCUUUUGUUAGCGGUCACUUUGUUUUUUCGUUUAAUUUGGUAAUUCUGACUUGUGGCAACUCCUCUUCUUCCGAUUGUCGUUGUUGCUGUUCUCACUGUGGAGCCCAGCCCUGUGAAACCGGGCAGCCCCAGAUCCCGGGAGAAUGCGUCCUGGAGACAGAACCGAGCCCAGGACGGAGCAGGCUCGCUCAGCUCCAGCCCCUGGGCGUCUCUGUCCUGGGGCGCGGACGGCGGUCUGGGGGCGCCGGCUUCGUGGGGCAGCGCUCGGUGUGACGAUGAGGAUGCUGUGUGUGAGACUGCUGGCACCUUGUCCCGAAUGUUGCGCCCCUGUGAUGUGUGACCUCACGCUGCUGGGCAUCAUGGGAGCAGCCCCCCACCCCCACAGGCCAGGAGCCGGCCCGGGGCAGGAGACCUGUCCCCUCUCUCGAGUGACCCAGGGCUGUCUAGACUCGUCUGCCUGACUGCCUGUGUGUCUGUGUGACUGUGUGUGUCUGUGUGUGUCUGUGUGAGUCUGUGUGCCUGCGUUAUUGUGU